AUGCGGCAUUUCCUUUUAAAAAGGUAUCUGUUAAAGCCCUAUAGUAAAGCGAAACUUGUAAAUAAUGAUUCAAAUAAGGUAUUUAAUUAUCGUUUAUCACGUGCUCGAAGAACGGUAGAAAAUGCUUUUGGCAUUUUAAGAGCACGGUUUCGCGUAUUUCAAGGACCUAUGCAAGUACAACCGGACAUGGCAAACAAGAUCGUACAGGCUGCGUACUGUCUUCAUAACUAUUUGCGCAUAGAAAAUUCACAUGAUUUUGACGAAAAUUUUGAAAAUCCAGAUGCACAAAACGGUUCUCAAAGUGUCAUGUCUGAUAUCGCAACUGUUGGAAGAAACUUUUGUCAAGACGCUAUUGCUAUUAGGGAAAAAUUUAAAGAGUAA